UCUGUGCUCUUUCAACUCGCUGCCUUCUGAAACUUACAGUACACAUAAGACUGGGACAAGAAAAAGAGUAACUGGCACUUGAUUCCUCCAUUUUUCUGAAGUUAUUUAGCCCACUCCCACUCCAGCUCUACAUUGAACCCAUAAAUCCUGUCUCCUUAGAUAAAGGGAGUGUCAGUCAUAGUAAUUCUUCAGGGCAUUACCAUGGUUACCAAACACAGAGACCAGUGCUCCAGCCUGGACAUUCCAGAAGAGGACAGGGAGGAGCUAAGAUGGCCUUCUUCAACUUAUAUCUAUUGGGAUAUCAAAAUUCCUUUUGGAACAAGAAAAGGGACACAACUAAAGAAACAAACCAGAAGGAACCAGUGCCCACUAGGCUUCCCCGUAUUAUCUCAGAAGAUGGGAAUUAUUCCGUACACCAGAAUAGCCACACAAGGUAUCAUGAAGCUAUAAAGAAGGUGUUGUUAAAGACAUUCCCCAAUCAGGUCUUCAGAGUCCCCUUGACUGAUGCUCAGAACUUCAGCUUCUGGCGGUCCCAUGAUCCAGGAGUGCGCCCAGAAGAAACCAUGCCAUGGAUCCGGAGCCCCCGCCACUGCCUCAUUAAAAGCCCAAUGACCAGGUUUAUGGAUCACUCUGUUCUGAGUGACAGAAACUUCAGUCUGUAUUGAACAGGAUAUAUUUGCACGAUGGACUGUGGAAGCAGGGCAAAGAAGGAGAAAACGGAGAAGGUGUCCUGGUUCCACUGAGGGACUAAUGGGAGGAG